GUGUACCGUCCAUACCUCAAUUCCUUGUAGCUCAGUAGAGAGACGCUGUUUGCCUGUGCGUCUUGGGCACGCCCUUUAUUCUCCUGCCUCUGCUUGUCGGGGUGCCCAUUCUCAUUCCCCUCUGUCGUGUUGACGUCCAUACGCGUCCCAGCAGGGCUCAUUUGACCACAGACUCCGAGCCCCAGACACUGACACUAACUGACACGCACCCCCUCAAUGUCCCUCCCAGUCAGUGUCUGGGAGGAAAAUCGGACAAAUCUUUGUAGCUGCCGAUGGUGCAUCUGGAGUGAUCUGAAGCGGGCGGGCAAAUGGCUGUUUAUUGCACACAUCAAAGCUACUGCGAGUAUUAUUAUGUACUAUUGUUUCUGACCAGGACGCCACCAACGGCAAAGCGUUCAGAAGUUAAGAACCCUUGUGAGAGAACGAAGCCACCCCGCUUUUUGUGUACAGCCCUCGCGUCGACGCCCCUACCGUCCCUGCGCCCGGCGCACGUCAAAACCAGCUCUGCUCCACCCUCACUCUCAGUAAGCCGCCCGCCCGUCGAAAGCGAGAGCUCAGACCAGGACGGCAGAGGGGCCCUUGCACAGGCCCAAAGGCCACUGCUGGUGCUUUGGCAGCCGAGCGGCGCUGCUCACUUCCUCCCACGUGCUGUCUUUCUGUGUGUGGUGUCCGUUGGUGUUCGUUGGGUGAGCAGGCGGCGUGAUGAAGGCCCUCUGCCUCGCCGUCUUCGUCGGCCUGUGUGUGGCCUCUGCUUUCGGUAAGCUGCUGAGGUGUCGCUGCAGACGAGACGAGCCGUUGCGUUAUUCCGGGUUGUGUGUAUGUGUCUCGCGUGUGUCGGGUGUGAUGUCGUUCAGCUGAAGAGUUUGAGCUGCAGAUCCUGGAGGGAGGCGAACUCUCGUCUGGCAGCAUCCUACGCCGCCUACAGAACGGAUCGGAAGGAAUCUUCGAAUUUGUGCCCGAAAUCCCACCUGUAAAGGAGACCAUACCGCUCGAGGAAAUCGAAGAGGGACUGUUCAACAACGAAGUGGACUUGGGCAACGUUGCUGGGUGCACGUGGACUGGGGGCAGGUUCGUCAUGGAUGGCGAGACGGCGAUGGCGAUGGACGCCUCGAUGCCGCUCACCCGCCGCGGCAACAAUCUGAGGACGUCCACUGCACGGGCGCCUCUGCCCAACGGCGGGGUACGGCAGCUGGUCGGGUUCACCACCAACAACUGGUGGGGCCCUAUCAACAAUCAGCCGACCAUGCAGGUCACGUGUACCACCACGUCGAUUAUUUACAACUGCUUCCAAGACUACAGGAACUACAUUUUCUAUGGCACCUACUACGUCCACGAGGGGCGGCGGCUGUUUGGAUGGAACAGCGGCGGCAACGGUGCGCUGAAGGAAUACGAGUUCGCCGUGAAGCUGAUGUGCUCCAAGGCCGAAAAUGGUGUGUAGUGUAGCGCUGCCCUCGUCAUCGCAUCUGUGUAUAGUCACUUUUGUGUGGUUGUUUUGGUCGUGGGAGGGGGUGGGGCGGGGAGGGUGAGAGAGGGGGGAGGGAAGGGGGAGGGGAUGGGCUGUUGUCAAAUGACCGCUUGCCCUUGGUACGAUCGAUGUAACUGCCAUACACAUAAAGGGGGGCACGGGACGCACACUCACAUAUCCACUCCACUUCCACCUCCACCCACACGUGGUAGGCUACGGCUCUCACUCACUCGCUCAUUCAUUCACUCAUUCAUUCCUGUCACUCUCACCUUGCAAUUCUCUGCGUCUACUAAUCGGUGUUUGUGAAACGUCCUGAUGGACGGAUGGUAGCUCACUUUUUCAGCGCUGACUUCCUGCCUGCCUGACUCUGUCACAUGAAUGUUCUGGCUGUCUGUCUGUCUGUCUGUCUUCCUGCGUGUCUUAACUCCUUUUUCG